CCAUUUCUAUUUUAUUUAUCAUUUAGAAUAUUAGUUCUAUAAUAUUAUAGUUGGUUCAAUAAAUUUGUAUAUUUUUAAGAAGAAAUCAUGAUUUUGAUGAAGUCAAAAAAACAUAAAGACAAGAAAGAAAAAAAAGAAAAGAAAGCAAAGAAAGAGGUGGAAGAAUAUAUUGAAAAGGAAGAAAACAUUGAAAAGAAAGAACAUUUUGAAGGAAAGGGGAAAAGUGAGAAAAGGGUUAGAACGAUCAGGAAUGUCGAGAGAAAGUCCAGUCUGCUGGAUGACCCCAACAAAUUGCUAACGCCCAGUUGGUUCUGGAACCAAUAUAUAAAUCGCCAGAUUGUACCACUCCCCGUGGCCCAUUCCCUGCUGGAUGUCGCCGAUCCCCAGUUGUCAUCGCCCAUAUCCAAUUGCUCCAAACUGGAUAUACAAGAUAAUAGUGGCGUUGCGGCUGUCACCUCGGUUUGUGGGGAAAUGUCACCAUGUCCGCCGCCACCGACUUUGUAUCCGAAUACCAUGGAUUCCGAUAUCGCCGACAUUAUAACCAUUGCCCGGCAGAGGCGCCUUCGGAGUGCGGCCACAGCCCUCAGUAUCGAGGACAUUGUGCCCAAAGACAGACAAACAGAAGACAAAAGACAGCCCAAGCCCACAACUUCGAAGGAAAGCCUCGAAACUGCGGACCGUACCCCUCCCGUUUUGGAUCGCAUGCUCACCGCCCAUGAUUUCGAGGUCGUUUGGAGGUCGGACAGUCUUUCUAAUAUGAAUCGGCAUUUAUGCAGUGCCGAGAUAAUUCAAAUCAAAGAAAAUCGCAAGAUGGCUAACCAUGAAAUCAUUUUUGGGGCGAUCAAGAACGGCUGGUACGACGACCUGGAGAUCCAGAUCGAGUCGAGGUUCUACUACGUGGACCGCUAUCUGUUCACCCACUACGCGCGUAAUUUCCGCCACUGCUCGAGUUCGUUUUUGCAGUUCCCAGUGCAAAAGGUGCAGAUGGGCAUGCUGGUGCGCAUCUACGAAUGGAUGCUGGGCGAUGACCUGGCCUUCCCCAUUGGCAACGAGCUGAUACCCUUCUUUGCCGCGGCCAAGUUCCUGGGCGUGAAAAAGUUGAUGGAACAGUACUGGGGCACCUUUUCGAAGCGCGGCGACCGCGUCAUUUGGGAGCUGAACGCCUUCCACACCUUCCUGAUGGCCAGGCAGUACCAGUGCGAGGAUAUCAUGGCCGUGAUGCUGGAGCGCCUGCGCAAGUGCUUCCUGCCCGUGGUGGCGUCCCGGGAGUUGCUCGAGUUCGAUGUCAACGAGCUGGCCUAUCUGCUGGGCCAGGACAUGUUGUGUGUUAACAGCGAAGAUGAGAUAUUUUUCACCGCCAUUUACUGGCUGAGGUUCGCCUGGGCGGAGCGCAAGAAACACGCUGUUAGUCUGAUGAGCAAAGUGCGCUUUAGCUUUCUAUCCCCCUGGUUACUGCGAUCCAUAGCUAACAACCCCGAAAACGAGUGCAUCGCUGAAAUUGGCCAGAAGCCAGAGGUCUGUCGCUGGAUGUGGGAGAGCGUCUUGUUCAGUACGGCGCGCAUGGCUGAUAGACAGGCGGAAAGUCAAAGGGGAAAGAUCGUCAGGGUGAUGCUGAAGCAGUUCCAGAACCAAAAGGUUGCCGAGCGCUAUUGGACCUUCUGCCCUGGCGUGCCGCACCACCAUGACAUUAAGUGCCCGCGCUUUCGCGAACUGACCUUCGAGAGCUUCAAGAGAUUCCUGCACCGCCUCCAUUCGCAGGGCCAGCAUUUUAUGGACGAGUUGCAGUUCAUCCCGAACAAGAACAUCCACACGUACCGCUGCUGCAGCGACAUCGAGUACAUUUCGAUUGCCGAUCGGAAUUGUCCCAGACCGCACUUCUACGAUAACGAGCAGUUCGAUGCUCCUGAUUAAGACAAUGCUUGUUUAUAAUUUCCUAAUAAAGAUUCAACGUCUAUCAAUUUA